GUUUGUGUGUGUGCAAGCUUGUGCCGGAAAAGGACAGGACAUGGGCGCACAUUGAGAGAGCGGCUCUUUUACUCGGCGUGAUCAUUUCACGCUUCCCCCGAAGCCUUUUUUCCACCUAAAGCGUUUAGUUGCAGCUGACUGAGCACUUGCAGGGAAUGCAAUAGGGAGCGGAAGGGUCGAAUUAUUUCAACCUACAACUCGCCCCAAAAGUACUGUAGGGGAAAAAAAGAGAGGGAGUGAAGAAAACAGUGCCAGAGAGCGAGGGAGAGGGGGGUAAGAGAGAGGGAGAGAGAAAGGGAGAGGGGGACACUGGAAAAAAGUUUUUGUUCUUUUCCUUUUUUUCCUCCUUUCAUCGCCUCCCCCUGUUCUAACCGUGCAACAUGGACCAGGGUCCCAAGAGUCCUGCACUGCGGCUGGGGAGAGCAGGACAUGGCGGAGUGAACCAGCUCGGAGGUGUGUUUGUAAAUGGCAGGCCCCUCCCAGAUGUAGUUCGACAGCGAAUAGUGGAACUCGCCCACCAAGGGGUUCGACCAUGCGACAUCUCACGCCAGCUACGAGUCAGCCAUGGAUGUGUCAGCAAAAUACUGGGCAGGUACUAUGAAACGGGCAGUAUUCGUCCCGGGGUGAUUGGGGGAUCCAAACCAAAGGUUGCUACUCCCAAAGUGGUCGACAAGAUCGCCGAUUACAAACGCCAAAACCCCACCAUGUUUGCCUGGGAGAUCCGGGAUAGGCUCCUGGCCGAGAGAGUGUGUGACAACGACAGCGUCCCCAGUGUCAGCUCCAUCAACAGGAUCAUUCGGACAAAGGUUCAGCAGCCGCCCGGCCAAACAGGCUCAGUGUCGGCUCACAACUUAGCAACGUCCGUGGCGGCAACACAAGUGUCAGCAGUGACCAGCGACUCAGCCGGCUCCUCGUACUCCAUCAGUGGCAUUCUGGGUAUCAGCUCAGCUGCCGACGUGGGCAAGAGGAAGAGAGACGAAGGUCUGCAGGAGUCACCGCUGGCCAACGGGCACGGCCACAGUGGGCGGGACUUCCUCAGGAAGCAGAUGAGAGGGGAGCUGUUCUCGCCGCAGCAAAUCGAGGUAUUGGACCGCCUGUUUGACAGACCCUGUCCAAUCCAGUCCAGCUCCGACCUCUAUACGUCAGAUUAUUCAGCCAUGGCCUCACUAGCUGGUGGACUGGACGAGAUGAAGAACAGUUUGGCCAAUCCUGGAACAGGAGCAGAGUUAGGAGCCAGCAUGUCAGGUCCACAGUCCUAUUCACUCGUUCCAGGUCGCGACCUAGCCAGCACCACUCUGCCAGGCUACCCUCCUCAUGUUCCUCCCACUGGACAGGGCAGCUACUCCACCCCCUCCCUCACUGGCAUGGUACCUGGGGGAGAUUUUUCCGGAAGUCCAUAUUCCCAUCCCCAGUAUUCCACAUACAACGAAUCGUGGAGAUUUCCUAACCCCAGCUUAUUAGUGUUUCAGCAGGAUUAUGGGUCUCUCCUGGGGACGGAAAUCGGCUGCUCCUCCAGUCUCUUCACCAGCCAGGCAGGACAGAUGCAAGGUUCACCGUAUUACUACAGUGCCACAUCACGGGGGGCGGGCCCUGCUGGCACUGCAACAGCCUCUGCUUACGACCGCCACUGACCCCUCCUACUGAGAGAAGAGGAGGAAGAAGAGAAGGAAACGGGGGAGGGAUAGCACCAGCACUGCACAGUACGAACCUGCCUACACACGGACAACAAUGAGGAUGAAGAUUUCAAGUUUUUGACGUCAGUGAAGUUUAAAUUUUCUUUGAUUGACACUUAAGUCAACAAACGCACUGCUGGGCUGCAACACAGACAAACUGUGUGGGUAUUACAUUACUGUGAGGACACAGGCAUGGCAGUGUCAAUAACUGAUAGAUAUACUGUAGGACUGGUCAGAAGCAAGUGAAUUUGGACCCUACCACAAUAAAUCAAGGCCUGGCUUCUUGUUUUCAACCAAUUGUCUACAAAUCCAAGAAGUCAGUGGACUGAGUGUGCAGCAGUGAUUGAAACUAUAUUGUGAUCUUCUGGGUAAGAUGUUGUGUUUUCAGGUUGGGAAAAUAUUUUAGGAAAUUAUUUGAGUUGAUUAAAGCAAAAUCACUUUUUCAAACAGUCUUUAUAGGCCCUGAAAUCAAUCAAACACUUUUCUAUGCUAUGCUAUGGUGAAGUAAAGACAAUCCAAUUAUCAUAACUUUGAAUGACCAAAAUCCCCCAUAUCAUUAUCAUUCUAGGCUCCUUAGAUUCAACACAUUUUCCCUGGGAUCACAAUGGUAGAUAAAUGGGAUACCAUAACUUUUAAUGGUAGUGUUCAGUUUCACAUAUCACUAAGCCCCGCCCCCAUUAGCUACUGUUGCUAUGCCUGUCAAGCUUUCUACGUAUUCUCGCACGGCACAUAUGCAGCCUACAAUGAUAUCAGUGGCAGAUUUACCUUCAAAACUGUAGGGGCUUUUGAAACAGUGGAUCCUUUCAGACAGAAGUAGACAAAAACAGCAUUAGCCAAUUUGGCCUAUAGUUUAAUCUAUCAUUACACCUUUGCUCUUCUGUUUUUGGUUUGGAAAAAGGCUAGAAGAUUCCACCCUCCAAUCUCUUUAAAUGUAGAAUAUAUCUCUUACAACAGCCCCAUGCACACUGCUUCAACAUGUGGAGAAAUCCUGAGCUUGACAGGCCAGCCGUGCCUAGUUAUGGUUGCUAAGCUACAAAUGGAUAAUCGCUGUCUGGGGGUGAGGUUUAGCAAAUGCUCAAUUUCCAGUGGUUGUUGCCAGUUCCCAAAGUGUAUCAUAGAACAUCUAACAUCCACACUUGCAUUUAAAGUGGUUUGAAUGCCACUGACUGACUGACAGACAGACCUUUCAGUAAAAGCACAGCCUAAAACCUGAGCCCUCUACUAUAAAAUUAACAGUGUACAUGUUCACAUCAGACCAAAAUCAAAUCCACCAGGGAGGGUUAUUGUACAGGAAGGUGCUAUCUUACCUCCACAGCCAAGAUUUAGUCCUGAUCAAGAGCUAUUUAUAAUGGGAGGAGACAGAGUAAUAUAUUAAGAAGCUUUUCUGCGCUGCACUCUGUAAUGAGAGUGAAUGCCUGUAAUGAUUUAUAAUAUGUGUCACGCUGUUGUGCUAGAAUAGUGAUGAUGAUGAUGAUGAUGAUGAUGAUGAUGACGAUGCGAUAUGAAAUCUUAAAAAUUUUCAAUAUGAAAAGAAGUCUUUGUUUAUAAAUAUGAUCCGAUUGUGAUUUUCCUGUUUAUAGUUUGUUGCCUGGUAUCAGUUGACACAGGUGCCAUUGAAUAACACGCCAUUUUUAUCUGCUUCCUGAAUACUGAUAAGAAGAACAGGGAAGCAGUGGCACCCUCUCUCUCUCUCUCUCUCUCUCUCUCUCUCUCUCUCUCUCUGUUUCUCUCUUUAAACUCCCCAAAGAUGGGCCCCCCCUAGUGGAUCGGCUGACUAACUACAAAAGCACAAAGAGACUCAAUCAUCAUUUAAAGGCGCAAAUUUUACUUUUUUGACUUACUUUUAGAACCAUUACAUACUUCUUCCCUUUGCUUUUUCUUCUCCCCCUUUUGAGUGCUUGUCCUUGUGCUGUUUGAUAUCCUGAAAUUGUUUCUAUAAAAAGAAAUGCUUUCGUGAAAAAACAAGUGAAACUGUUUUAUUUUUGUUUGUCUCCUACAUUAGUUCUGCGCUGUGACAAUGUAUGACACCAGGGUCGAGGCCUUACCCAUCAUGUACAGACAGAGUAGGACAGAUUCGCCCUUCAGCGCUGAUCUGAAAUCAGUGUGUUAUCCCUCGCAAAUGUUUGAGGGCCCAGUGUUGACCUUGUGAUAGGGCAAUAUCUUCCUUAACCUGUACGUAGCUUCUCAAUUCUGUCCAUACAAGACUUGUACAGUAAUCAGUGAACAAGAAGAGAAGUCACAAUGUCAAUAGCAAUUUCAAUUAUUCACAUUUAAAUUUAGAUUUUAGUGAUGACGUUUUUUUAUGAUAAAAAAGACUAAGAGGUGUGUGGUGGUGUUGUUUUAGCCAUCGUCUGCAAGUGUUUACAUAUCUUUUGUUUGUCUGGGGUGUGUGUGGCUGACCGUAGCGCUUCAUUGCUACUGUGUAGUUUUUCUAGCGAACAGAUUGAAGGCACCCAAUCUGCAGCGUGAGACAUAAAAUAUAGCUAUAUAAACAUAUAACUAUAAACACUGAACAAAGCUGUUAGUUUCUCAAUCUUUGUUGUUUCUGGGUUUUAAAAUAGCGAUAGAGUGGAUCCUUUUACAUUUGUAGAACUUAAAAGUUGUGUGUGCACAACUCUAAAGCAGAUUGUUAUGACGGCUCGCCUGCUGUGCUGCCAGCGUGCACUGUAGCAGGAGCCUUUCCUUAUUUCUGUCUUUCUCUCUUGAUCUUACUGAGGCAUUAUUGAACCUGAACCACACCAGCUGAAAACAAGGACAGUGCCUUUAGUUUUAUAUGUCAACUCCCCCCUGACUGACCACGCAUCACUAAAACAAGAUUCAGCGUCCCUCCCUGCAACUUCUUCAACAAAACUCUGCCUAUCUGCCCAUGCGAACACAGGUUUGUAGAUUAUGUAAAGCCUUCCACAAAUAAGUAGCAAACAGUAAUUUCAGUGAAAACUCCGGUUGAUAAUUUACAUACUGUACCAAUGGCAACAUUGCAGCUCUAAUAACAGGACCAAGCCCUGAUCCAGCACCCUAUACUUACUCAUCAUGGACAUUUCAGUCACAGAUUCACUCAUAACAUUUGUAACAGGGAUAGUGUGAAAAUUCUAACUCAUCUGAUGGAAAAUACUCUGAGCAGUUAACAAAUGACAUCAUGAAAGUAACACAAAUCUAAAUAUAUUCCAAAAAAGGUCUGUUUCAUUAAAGUCAGUAUAAGCAAAUAUAAAAUCAAAGUUGGCACAGGAAUCUGUCCCUGCUCAUCAACUGGAUUGAUUCUAAGCAGUGAAACACUCAUUGCUGCCUCGGUAAAAAAGAGAUUAUGUUUGAAUUGCGAGUAUUCCUGCAAUAUGGCUUCCAGCCACCAGAGGCAGCACUCAGUUACCCAGUCGAUGAGCUGUAUUGACUUUAAUAGAAGAGUCCUUUCUCUGAUGGAAUAAAUAAAUGUUUUUAGCCAUGCAAGUAUUUCAUGGAUUGCCAUGAAAUUAAGUACAACCGUGAACAAACUUUGGUUAUCCCUGACUUUUCCUCUAGCGCCACCAGCAGGUCUAUUUUUUUUUUUUACUUCCAGUUAAUAAAUAUAUCAACAGCUACUACAUGUAUUGGCACACACAUUCAUGAUUCCAUUGACUUUUACUCUAGUGCUACCAUGAAGGUUGCAUGUGGUUUUAAGUGACUGACUCUUUAUCUUACGCCAUCAUCAGGUCAAAAUUUAAAUUUGUUGAAUAAACUACAACUAAACUAAUAGGCUACUUAACCUAUGCUAAACAUAAUGGUAAACACUAUACCCGUUAGAAUUUUCUGUUUUAAAGGUCCCAUGACAUGGUGCUCUUUGGAUGCUUUUAUAUAGACCUUAGUGGUCAACUAAUACUGUAUCUGAAGUCUCUU